AUGCUUAUUUUAUUUGUAAAAUUUUCUCUAAUCUCUUCGAUUUUCUCAAUAUCGAGCGAGCUUUGCUCACCGCAAGCCCUCGUUUUUCGAGGGACUGAUUUGAUCAAGAAUGCAAAGGGCCAAAUCGUGCUCGUCUCCUUUCAGCCACUCCAAUGUCCCAAAUGCAUAAAACAACUCGAAAAAUUGGCGGCGGCAGCUCUAACGUUUCAUGGUGUCCGCUUCGCCGUUUUGGCCCCACACUGGGAGAAUUACGUGGUGAUCGGGAAAGUACAGACAGAAUUCCCGCGAGUACUCAUCGAUAAAGACGUCGAUUCGACCUAUGAAAGACUGGGGAUCCAGGAGCACGAGAUUGCACUGUUUGACAGAUGUGGCCGUUUAGCCCACGUGAUCCCAUCGACUCGAUCGGAUCUCUCACAAUUCGACGACACUUUUGGUGCACUAAAAUCGGCUCAAACGCAUGCCGUUUGUGGAUGGUGCAGUUAUGGAAGCUCACAAGCUGAGUCAAUCUCCGAAAAAGCCUUGCCAGAGGCCCAUAUUAACGGUGGCCCAAUCCGUGUCGCUCGAAACUAUGGAUCCUCGUCGAUUCGGGGAUUUGAGAAAGUUGAUGUUUGGCUGAAAGCGCACACAGCGGUUGACUACGAUCGAGCACCGAAAGAUCAGGAAAAAAGGAGAAGCUCUCACUCCAAUCCCCUGCCACCGACUUCACCGACUUACAGUCAACACCGCUCCUCGCCGAUCACCAACUAUGAAUUCCCUCAAAGAUCUCUACCGGAAUAUCAGCAGAACUCACAUCAACAACAACAACAGAAUCAACAACAACAGAAUCAACAACAACAAUAUCAACAACAAAAUGCCCACUACCAGCCUCAACAUCAACAGCCACAGCCAAAUCCGCCCAAUCGGGAUCGUCAAACUCCGCCAGUGACCCGCCAACCACCGCAGACCCCGUUGAACUAUCGGGGAACUGGGCAUCAAAAUCAACAGCAAUACCAGCAAAGACAAGGUCAACAAGUUCAACAACAAAAUCCGCAGAACUAUCAGCAGCGAAGAGAUCAAGAACGACACGAACGGGAAAGAACAGCGGAUCGGUGGAGCCAGCAACAACAACAACAACAACAACAACAACAACAACAACAACAACAACAACAACAGCAACAACAACAGCAACAACAACAGCAACGACAGUACCAACAACCACGACAAGAACUUCCGAAUCCGACUAGCUUCCCGAACCACCCACCUAAGACAACGCAAAUGGUGAAAACGACGACCACGCAGCCAUCAAAAUUCAUUGAGGAAGACUAUGAUUACUAUCUAGCAGUCGGUGCUGCUUCGACCACUGAGGCACCUGUUCAGACUCAAAUCCCCCGUCCAUCCCUGCAACCCUGGUGGUCGGCUCCACCACCGACAAUCCCCAUGCAACAACAGAUCUCAUUGUUGGGAGAAGAGAACAUUCCGUGUACUGCUUACACGGAUGAUGUGUGCUUUCAUCAGCAAGAAAAAGUCGGCACUGCGCACAUCUCGAAAUGUUGCUCAAAGCGGAUUUACUUCACCGAUUUGUGCGUGCCCGGCAAAUGCUCGAAUUCGACGAUUCAACUCUGCUGUAUGCAAAAGUUUUUGCAGUCUCGAUACGGUUGUUGCAAUGACGAGAGUCAAUCCGAUGCAAACACUCCAACCGACAAAUUCAGUCGCUGUUGUCAUGAUGCGUUUAUUGUAGAGGAUGACUGUUGUCCAAAAUACGCGGCGAAAACAUACUGGGAAAGCGCGCACGAGCUGUGCUUUCCGAACACGAAGAUUCACCUCGAAAAAGUGCGAAUGGAGGUGCGCUUCUCGGAGGGCGUUCGCGUCGUGGAUCUCGGCGAGAAUCGCUUAUGGGAUCACGAGUGUCCAUUCGGCAUCAAUCGACAACAAUACGCUUAUGUACCU